CCUACGCAGCCAAUGGGUCUGCGUCUGGGGUGGACCUAUCGUUCCAGAAGGACUAUAAGAUGUUUAGGAGGCCCAAGGAAAGAUACCAUCCGAUCUAAACUGUCCUGCAACUCAGGUGCCAUACUCAGCAGCCAUGAAGUUCUCCCUUGCCGCCCUAGUUGUCCUGCUCGCUCUGGCACAUGGAAGCCAAGCAGCACAGUCCCCCGAGGUUGAGAAGCUGGCACAGUACUUCCAGGAUCUGUCAGCUCAGCUGACCUCCACCACUCAGGAGCUGAUGCAGAAGAUCCAGUCAGAGACAUUCGUAGAGGAUGGAAAGGCCCAGCUGCAGCAGAUCCAGGCCCAGCUGGCACCCCUGGCCGAUAACAUGCAGACCCAGCUGAAGCCCCUGGCUGAGAACAUGCAGGCCCAGCUUAAGCCUCUGGUCGACAACUUCCAGGCUCAGAUGGAAGACCUCUUCCGCAAACUGAUGGACCAGACCAAGUCCCUCGGCCAAUAAAGCAGUUAUGUUUCAACAACCUUACCACCUCGGACCGAAUCAACAGCUCCAUGGACUUACAAUCAGCCAAAACCAAUCCACCAAGAGUUGGAACCAGACAAGCUUUCAACCUUCUGUCUAAGUCUUCUGUGCCAAGACAAAUGUUGUUGACAUGCAAAGACAGACAGUAGUAAUCCAGAACAUUAUUAAAACUUGGAAACUGC